AUGCCUUCGAAAGAUCGUGAUGAAGAUGUUGAGUCUGGUGCGGACGAGCCACCGCGUGAAAAGCAUCGAAGAUCCUCCAAGUCGGACCGAAAACCCGACCGAGACAAAGACCGCGAGCAUCGUCACCGCUCUUCCAAGGCCUCCUCUUCGCGCAGUAAGCUUGGCGUUGAUGGUAGUGAGGCAUCCGCAAGGCGGCAUCGAAAGAGGGACAAGGACAAAGACCGUGAUGGGGAAACUGGCAAGGACAGAGAUAGGGACCACGGCGAGUCGCGGGACAACAACGGCUCCAUGAGCGACUUGACAGCCGGAGUGUCCAAGGUUUCCCUCGACAGGCAGCGCAUCUCCCUGCCUUAUCCGACCUUCAGCAAGGCCCACAGCAAAGAAUCGGUCAUGAGUCGUGAAGAUUUGCGCUCUCAACCGCAAUCGAUCCCACUGACUCCUGAGCCUACCGACCUUGGCGACCAGGAAAAGAGACGGAAAUCAUCUGAGCUCCAUCGAAAUCCAUCCAGGUCGAAAAGGGGCUCCGGGCCGCCUACCCCUCCGGAAACAGAUAUUUCCCCUGGCAGAAGAAGAAGUUCAGAGUACAACGACUGCAAGAACUCUGACGUGUUGGGUCGACCGAAAUACACAGAGUCGGGGGUAUCCAGAUCGACAUCGCGUCAUGACGACGCAUCGAAACUGAGCAGGCGGUCUGGUUCAUCAAGUCAAGCAACGUUUGUCAAGGCAAGGGCAAGGGAGCAUUCGUCUCACGACAAACUACGGCCCUCUGCUUCUGUUCGAUCAUCCUCGUCAAGACAUUCGGUAAAGCGAUCGGGAUCAACACGAAGCAGUUCAAAGACAUUGGAAGCGAGGGAGGAGGGUUCUUCACCGUCCAGCGUUCAGGAUUCAUCCCCACAAACCCCGACCCAGCCUGCCAACUUCUCUUCUCAGCUGCCUCACGGAACAAAAUAUCGAGCUUCUCCAGACUUUGAAGGCCAAGAAUCUGUUUUUCCCUCCAAAACGGCAACCCCAGUCUCCAUGGCUUGCCCUCCUCCUCCUCCUCCGCCACCACCAGCCGUAGACAUACACGAUAUACCUCGAGUGGACUACUUGUUGCAGAACGGCGGUCUUCCGUACCCUGUUACUCGUCACUUCCUUUCCGUCCUGCCCCUUCUGAACGGAUCUCGCGCCUCGAACCCUCCCCUGACUGGCGCAGACUGUCUGUUUGGCCCAUUCUCCAAUCUUCUCGACCAAUACUCAAAUGUCCUCAACAAGCAAGGUUCUAUUGCAGUUGCAACAGGGCAUAGGUCAGUAGCGCGGCGCUUGUUGGAUAGAUUGGAAAACGUCUUCUCAAGGGACCUCCCCCCUCAUGGCUGUACAUGCGUCAUGUGCGAUCAAUCUCACGAAAUACACAAGGGACUGACUUGGGGAGACGUUCUCGAGUGGGUGAGCGGGCGCAUCGAACUUCCUUCCUGGCCACCGUUCGAUUUGGCCGAAAUUGGCACAAAAGCUGCCGAAGUGUCUGCAGAGGCGCCUCCACGACCUGCUUCCCCCGUAAAAAUGGACCCGGAUAUUGCGGAGGAGUUCAGAGAGCACUACCUCCGACAAUCAAUAAAGGUUAGAUCCGCCGUCGAUAAAUGGCUCAACAAGACCGGCGAAACCCCUGCUCCUCCUCCGCAGGAUGUUGACGAUGAGACUCUCGCCUUCGCCAUUCUGACCAACAUGGGGGCGGAAGACCGACCUUUCUUUAACGCGCUCUUGUCCGGGUCCAGGGAACUCAAGUCAGCAACACGAGCGCCGACACCUGGGCAUCGGCCACGAAAUGACUUUAUUGUCAAGUCAGGGCUAUCGCUCCAGCGACUUUACCGUUUACAGCAAGUCCCAAGAGACGCAGAAUGCGCGAGCUACCUCGUCAAAAAUCCCCACACGCACGACUUGCUAGUCACCAUAUCAAACAUCAACAACUCGGAGUGGGAAAUCCUCACUUCUGGUCGGUUCGACGGGUUUCUCUGGUCCGGGGCAGACGUUGACGAAGCAAUGUCUGGUCUUGAAUCUCGAGGCGAGACGCCACUUGGUCACCGAUCUUCAGUCAGCCCCUUGCCAAGGGGAUCGUCCGCCAUGGGCUCGAGGAAUGCGACUCCCUUCUCGCCAUAUUCCCGUGGCGCUACACCGGCUUCAUUUAUCAGCCUCGCAUCGUCAGGUGCCCACGCAACCAACAGACAGCCUGUGUCGAAUGACGAAGAAAUGGAAAUGGCGGCCAUUGCAGAGAUAGAACGCGAGAUCUAUGCGGGCAUGGAGAGCCUGGAGGAUGCCUUUGAGAAACUGCACCAGAAAGCCGAGGUGGUAAGAACGGCUUUGCGACAGCGGGGUGCCGGUUUGAUGCAGAACCUGCAAAACCGUCGGCGCAUCGAUGUUCUCUCCACCCCUGGUUCAGGAAACUCUCAGCAGUCGGGGUAUGAAAGACCCGCUUGGGCUACAGGGAGUGAUGCCGAGGGUGCUAGCGACGAGGAUUGGUGCUUGGACGACGUUGACAUCAUGCCCGACGACUCGGCCAGUAAUAUCAGCAGCUCAAGGCAUCGACGCCCCAAGCGACGCACGGAGCGACGCACUCCUGCACCUAUCGAGGAGGAUGACGAGGAAUAA